UUUUCUGCUUGAGAAGAGAGAAAGAAAUUGGAAGCCAUGAGAAAGGACCUACUUGCUGCUUCUGUGCCCAAGAAAAGAAGGGGCUCAAAUAAAGAGUGCAGAGUCAUCAAGGAACUUCCCCUUUUUCCUUACUUUUUACAUUCCUGUGGAAGGUUCGCUGAGAGCAUGGUGGAGGAAAAGAAGAGUGAGCAAUGUUUUGAAAGUGUCAAUAAUACUGCUGAAGAUCAUCAACACAAGAAAAAGAAAUUGCUGAAGAGACUCAAUUUUGAAGAAUUGGGUUUAGACCCACCACCAGAGUUGCCUAGCGAAUGGAUGAAUAAAAUAGAAAAAAAGGGAGGCGUUGAUGUGAAAUUGGUGAUAAUGAAGCAGAUGUUUCCUACUGAUUUAAACCCUCACCAUGAUCGUCUCUCAAUCCCUUUCAGGCAGAUAAGAAAUGAGUUUCUUACAGAGGAUGAGAAGACAAAGUUAAUCGAGCAAAAGUCCAUAACUGUUAAACUCAUGGAACCUUGUGGUUCUGAGUCUGAGUUGUAUCUAAGGCAGUGGAAUUUGAAAAAUACCAGUUGCUACGCGUUGACGACUCGUUGGAAACAAGUAAUCAAGGAAUUCAAGCAAAACGACAUAAUUCAGCUUUGGUCGUUUCGGGUCCAAGGAGAACUCCAGCUCGCGCUCAUUAAGGUCCCAUAUGCCAGUGCCAGUGCCAGUGCCAGUGCCAGUACCGAUGUAAGUGCAAGCGCAAGCGAAUUAGUUAAUUAGAGAUUUUUAAUUUCAGAUGCAUUUUAAGGAAUAUAUAGUGUGUAAUUUAGGGUUUUAUCUGUGUUUAAAUUGCGUAUGUUCACUAAGAAGUCUAGUUUUAUAAAAUUUCUACAAAGAAGUUUAGUUUACUAAGAACUAAGAAGUAUAGUUUUAAGGAACCCAGCAUUUCUAAACUCUGCAUGUUCAAGCCAUUGAAAUAAUCCAGAAGUAAGGGAAACUUCUGUUUCGUUAGUCCACAAAUUCCAGAACUCGUCCUCAUCGCCAUCGUUAGUCCACAAUACUCUGUGUUUCGCGCCUCCAGUGAACCCAAAGUCAUCAUUACCAUCAUCAGCGUCGGUGCAAUGCCCAGCUUGUUGAUUAAUUUUGACGCUCGGCGAGUUGAUGAUGAAGUAGAUCAGAAAUUCUCAGGGGUUUGUGAAUUGUGAGCGUCAGAGAUGGUGGUGGUGGUGGUGGUGGUGUUAGUUUAAAGAAUCAGUUUUGUAUGUGCCUUGAAAGG